AUGGCCAAGCUUUUUAUCAACAUCUCUCCCAACGGUCCGUGUCCAAUAUUUGGAAAAUCUAAGCACGUCACAAUUCAAAAGCGAAAUUACACGAAACCAACGAAUAUCGUGAGAAUUUGUGAAGCUCCAAUAGAAGAUACAACAGAAACAUCGUAUUUGAAGUUCGCAGAAAUGGCAAAGAGACUUGGUAAUGCACUAAUCUUUUCCUCCCCUAAGGAUGAUACGGUUAAAGCAAUC